UACUGAAGACUGACUGGCACUGUGACUGCAGCACACCGAUCACAGCAAGGACAUGGACAGGGAGUACAAAAACAUAAUCAUAUCUAAGAUGUCAGAAGAAAUAUACACUGAUUUAAUCAGCCCUGAUAAUCAUGUGUACAGCACAGUGGACCAGUGCCUACAUGAAAACAGAAGAACGCAGGACAGACAGAGAGUGAAAGCAGGGUGCGGGCCCCCUCCUUACAGACUGAUCGCAGUGUUUCUGGGGCUGCUGUGUGUUGUUUCACUGACUGGCUUCAUAAUCCAGUCUGUCUACUGUAACGGAUUCCUUCACGUCAACCAAUCACAGAGCUCUCUACCAAGAAGGAACGAGCUGGAUGACCUCAGUGCAAACUAUUCUGCUCUGGCUGCUGCCCAUGAGAAGUUAGUGGAAGAAAAAGAGGAGUUAAAGAGAGAAAACGAGAGACUCCUGUCCCUGAACACAGAUAUCAAGAGGCUCUGCAAACUGUGUCCUCAGGACUGGGAGUUUUUCCAGUCCAAGUGUUACCACUUCUCGACUGGCAGGCUGAGCUGGAGGGACAGUCAGGCUGACUGCAGGAGCCAGGGGGCUGACCUGGUGGUCAUAGACAGCAGACUGGAGCAGCUAUUUAUAUCGAGACAGAGCAAGGGAGGCAGUUACUGGAUCGGACUGAGCGAUGCCGCCUCCGAGGGCACCUGGCUGUGGGUGAACGGGGCCAGAGAAACCGGAGGGUACUGGAUGCCGAGGCAGCCGGACAAUCACCGGGGCAGAGAGGACUGCGCCAUGAUCGCCUCCCGAGCCGUGAGGAACUGGAAUGACGAAGAGUGCGGCCGGACUCUGUCCUGGAUCUGCGAAGCCGAGAGUCCGCUCCUCUCCGCUUAAGACGCUUGGCGGCUCCGAGCAACAACAACAACAACAACAACAACAAAACACCCGUGCUGCUCUUCCGGAGCCGAGCGCCUCGCCAUCAGUCCACGGAGAGCCCGAAGAACCCACAGGGCAGUUUUGGCUUGCGUGGCGGCGGUGUGAACAAGUCGUAACUGCGCUUCACGGGCCGAUCCGCUCGCUUCACACUUCACGCAGGACGCAAGCAGCUACAGAGGAGGACGGCAAGGUGAUCCAAGGAUCACGUAGCUCCAAAACAUUCAGUUCAACUCGGUUGCAAUUAAGAAAGCAAAAAA